AUGAAUUGCGUGUUGUUGGAGCUCGUGGAUCAUAUUGUGCGUCGACUGCAGGAUGAAAAAGAUCCACAUUCUGGAAAGCAGCUGUGGAUCGCGCUGGCGGGACCACCCGGCAGCGGGAAGUCGACGAUCUGCUCGAAGCUCGUGAGCAGCUUGUCGGGUCGUGGUGUACCUGCCGCGAUUCUUCCCAUGGACGGGUUUCACUACUAUCGUUCAGAGUUAGACACGAUGCAGAAUCGCGAGGAGGCGCAUGCUCGGAGAGGAGCGCACUGGACCUUCAACGCGCAUAAGUUUGUCGACAUGCUCGCUAGGAUGAAGGACGAGGGCUCAGGAAGGGCGCCGAGUUUUGACCACGCUCAUGGGGAUCCUGUGGAAGACGCCAUCAGCAUUGAGCGCGAGCACCGAGUGAUUCUUGUAGAGGGGAACUACGUACUGCUCUACGACAUCGAGCCUUGGAGAAAGCUGCAGCAUCUGUUCGAUGAGAAGUGGUUGAUCGUCUGUCCCGAGCACGUGCUGAGGGAGAGAGUCAUCCAACGCAACUCAGUUGCAUGGGGUUGGGAUCGAGAGCGAACGGCACGUCGGGUGGAUGAGAACGACAUGGUGAAUGCGCGACUGGUCAUGGAAGUCUCGAGCAAGUAUGCGGAGCGAGUCAUAACCUCGCAGCAAGACGAUGGCUGGUGUGGUUGA